CAUCUUUAAAAGUUGGGUCAGACAGACUAAAGUCGCUACUCGACAACACGUUGACGUCAGUUAAGAACACAGCAGCAAUGUUUUUCACUGACAAAUCACCGAGGGUAAGUCGUGAAUGGAAGCAACUCCGUGGGUCUGUCAACAUUAGCAGAGUUGACGUUAGCUGCUAGGCUAACGACCAGAAACAAGACUCACCGCGUAGACAGCUUUGGACGCCAUUUCAACACAAGACUCACGAAGGGGCCACGGUCGCAUCCACUUUGUUGAGGGAAAGUGUCGCAGCGAGUCAGAGACAAGACACCCGCAGCAGGCGCGGGGCGGCAGCUGCGACUUCCUGGAUCCGCGAGUGACGCGGCAGCAGCUACGGUGGCCGCGAAGCUCAGCGCCGACUCGCUUCUUGCACAUGGGUUUGUUGACGUCCUGAGGUCCGCAUAACGCCCGAGAACCGCUUCAUCUGUCCGAGAAGGAACGAUGUACGGAAACAAGAAUGGAGGGGGCGAGGAGGACCAGCUGUUUCUGGAGCGAGUUUUGGAGAAGUUGUACGACUUUGGAAACGGGUCGAAAAAGAAGCAGAAGAAGAGCAAACGGACACAGCGUGAGGGGGAGGAGGAGGAGGAUGAAGCUCCGCCUGGGUGCGGAGGACAGACAGCGCCGUCCGCCCAGCUGCGGCAGGUGGAGGUCGUGACCUUCCAGGACCCCACCAAGAGGCAGAGGAGCAGAGAGCCGCCAGUGACGCAGACAGCCGCAGUGACGUCCGGCGGGCCGCCUGAAGACCUCACCCUGGAGAAGGCUCGGCUAGAGGUCCAUCGCUUCGGCAUCAGCGGCUACAGGAAGGAGCAGCAGCGGGUGUUUGAGCAGGAUCGGGCCAUCAUGCUGGGAGCUCGGCCCCCGAAGAGGCAGUACACCAACUACAAGGUUCUUCAGCAGCAGAUCAAAGAGAAGAAGCAGAGGUCCAGAGAAGAAGUGGAUCCGGACCUGAAGAAGACGAGGAAGAAGAGGAAGAGUCACAGGGACAAGAAGGCGUCUGCUGGCUCUGACUCUGCGCCCACGGGUCAGAUGGGCCGCUUCAAGAACGGCAUGCUGAUCCUGAGCUCGCAGGAGAUCCAGAAGGUCAAGGGCAAGCCGGGAAGCAGGUGAGACCUUCAGUGGUCUGCAGCAGUGAGGGACCUCCACGUUCCCCCAGAAGAAGCCGGUUGGAUGAAGAGCUGAGGUGGGGCAGGCCCCGCAGGAGAUGGUCUGGGAGUGACCGUCAUGGACAGAGCAGAAGUCACCACCCUGGACUGGGAGCAGUCGACCUGGACUUCCUGAGGGUCUUUGGUUCUGAUGGCGACAAUAA